AUGGUGGUUAUGGUGGUCGUUGUGGCGGUGGCAGCGGUGGCGGCGAUGGUGAUGGUGGUUGUGGUGGUAGUGCUGGCAGUGGCGGUGGCAAUGAUGGCGGCGAUAACAGUGGUCGUGGUUGUUGUGGGGGUUGUGGUGGUAGCUGUGGGGGGCGACGGUGGUGCCGGCGGGGUUGGUGGUGGUUGUGGUGGUGGUGGUAGUGGUGGUGGUUGUGGUGGUUUUGGGGGUUGUGCUGGUGGUAGUAGUGGUGGAGGUGGUGGUGGUGGUUGCAGCGGUGACGGUGGUGGUGGUGGGGGUGGUGAAAGUGGUGGUGGAGGAGGUGGUGGUGGAUGUGGUGGUGGUGGUGGUGGUAGCGGUGGGGGUGGUGGUGGUCGCAGUUGUUGUUGUGGUGGUGGUGGUGGUGGCAGCAACAACGAUGAUGGAUGUGGUGGUAGUGGUGGUUGUGGUGGUGGUGGUGGUGGUGGCGGCGGCGGUUGUGGUGGUGGUGGUGGUUGUGGUGGUGGAGGUGGUAGAGGUGGUGGUGGUGGUGGUGGUAGUUGUGGUAGUUGUGGUGAUGGCGGUGGUUGUCGUAGUGGUGGUUACGGCAGUGGCAUCGACGAUGGUGGUGGUGGUGGUGGUGGUAGAAGUUGUGGUGGAGGUUGCGGUGGUGGUGGUGGUUGUUGCGGUGGAGGUGUCGGGGGUAGUGGUGGCAUCGGAGGAGGUGGCAGUGGUGGUGGUGAUGGUGGCAGUGGCUGUGGUGGUGGUGGAUGUGGUGGUGGAUGUGGCGGUGGUGGUAGUGGUGGCAGUGGUAGUGGUGGUGCGGGGGUGGCGGCGACGUUGUUUGUUGUUGGGGUUGCGGCAGCGGUGGCGGUGAUGGUUGUGGUGGUGGCAGCGCUGGCGACGACGGUGGUGGUGGUUGUGGUGGUAGUGCUGGCAGUGGCGGUGGCAGCGAUGGCAGCGAUAACAGUGGUGGUGGUUGUUGUGGGGGUUUUGGUGUUAGCCGCGGCGGGGGUGGUUGUGCUGAUGAGGUGGUGGUGGUGGUGUGGUAGCGGUGGGAGUGGUGGUGGUCGCAGUGGUAGUGGCGGUGCGGCGAUAGCGGCGACGGUGGUUGUGGUUGGGGUUGCGACAGCGGCGGCGAUGGUGGUGGCGGCGACGACGGUUGUGGUGGUUGUGGUGGUGGUGGUGGCGGUGGCAGCAAUGGUGGUGGGGAUGGUGCUGGUGCUGGUUGUGGUGGGAGUGGCGGUGGAGGCGGCGACGGUGGAGGCGACGAUGGUGGUGCUGGUGGUGACAUCGGUUGUGGCACUGACGACGGUGAAGCUUCUGGUGGCAGUGGUAUUGGCGAUGGCGGCGACAGUGGUCGCAGUGGCGGUGGAGGCGGUGACGGCAAUAGUGGUGCUGGGUGGUAGUUGUGGUGGUGGUGGCAGUGGGGUUGGCGACGGUGCUGGUGGUGGUAGUGGCAGUGGUAGUCGCGAUGGCGUCGGUGGCGGGGAUGGUGGUAGUAGUGGUGGUUGUGGUUGUGGUAGCGGCGACGAUGGUAGCGGCAGCGGCGGCGGUAGUGGUGGUGGUGAUUGUGCGGCGGUGACGGUGGUGGUGGUGGUGGAGACGGUCACAGUGGCGGUGGUGGUUGUGGCAGUGGUUGUUGCGGCGGUGGCAGUGACAGUCUGUUGA